AUGCAAAUCAAAAACUCCCUCCUUCUGGCAACGGCGUUGACCGCCGGCUCGUCUGUUGCCCGUCUGCACGGCCACGAGCGCCGCCACGUCCACAACGACAAGCGCGCCGUCGGUGACAUGGUCUAUGCCACCAUCAACGGCGUCCUCGUCUCCUGGAUCAACGAAUGGACCGGCCACGCCGCCACCGCCGUCUCCAGCGACUCGCAGGCGGAGGCCACCACCGUGCCCACCACCGCGUCCGCGUCCGCGCCGUCGACCGUGUCGGCCGUCCCCACCUCCCCCGUGACCCUCACUCCGGGCUCCUGCUCCGACUGGAAGGCCACCCGCGACGACGACAACUACUCGACCGACGGCUUCGGCGAGCGCACCUACGCCAACGGGCUCGAGUACAUCUGGUACAAGGGCAACGUCGGCAACCCGUGGGGCAGCAACAUCAUCGAGGUGGACGGCUCCAAGGCCUGCGAGUACAAGCACGUCGUGCGCAUCGGCGGCCAGCAUCAGAAGCCCUGGACCAUCAAGUUCUGGAACAAGAUGGGCCCCGACGGCAAGCUCACCGGCUGGUACGGCCACUCCGCCCUGACCAUCAAGCUGCAGCCCGGCGAGACCAAGUACGUUGCCUUUGACGAGGACUCCCAGGGCGCCUGGGGUGCCGCGGAGGGCGAUGAGCUCCCCACCGACCAGUACGGCGGCUACGCCUGCACCUGGGGCGAGUUCGACUUCGGCAACACCCACAACAACGGCUGGUCCGGCUGGGACGUCUCCGCCAUCCAGGCCCAGUUCGCCAACCUCUUCGUCCAGGGUAUGCGCAUCUGCGACGCCGAGGGCCAGAAGUGCUCCGCCAUCUCCAGCCUCGCCAAGUCGGUCCUCAACGCCUACACCAAGGCCGAGGAGGGCGUCGACGGCAUCGGCGGCAACCAGGUCUCCGGGCCGGUGCGUCUUCUCGUGGAUAUCGACUACAACGAGUAA